ACAGGGGUAGAGUUGUGAGGCAGAGGGCAGUAUGUGAGGCGGGGGGCGUUUUCUGUUUCGCAGGAGGCUCUUUAAAGGGGGAAGUGUGUAAAGUAGGAGACAGAAGAUGGUAAAAUAUAGAAAUGUCCUUGUAAGAUAGCCUUGCGAUUUAAUGGGAGGUUUUAAGGCAGAGGGUUAUUAUAGAGCAUUGUGGAGUGGUGGAAGUCCCUGCCAUCAGUUAAACCUUUGAUUUGGGUGGAGGGCAGAUGAAGAACAAUAUUGAGAACUCCAAGGAUGAGGGUGUGCUUUGAUGAGGUGUGAAAGCUUAUGAUACACGUAGCGUUUACUGAAGGCUUACUAUGUGCCAGGCACCUACCAAGUGUAUUAUGUGAAUUAACUCUUAAACUUCUUAACCCUACCGGUGGCUAAGAGUGUGGGCUCUGGCGUUGUGUUGCCUGAGCGUGAAUGCUGGCUUUGCCACUGGCUUUGCCACUGGGUGAGUUGUUUAACCCUCUGUGCCUCAGCUUCAUCAUCAGUAGAAUGACCUUCUCUCUUCUCAGUCUGUACCAUUCACCUUGUGGCCUCACCCAGUCUCCUGGCUUCAUAUGCUCUUUAUGUAAUGAUAUUUCCAAGUGUCUAUCUCCAGUCGGGAUAUCUACUCUGAACUCAAGACUCAUAUGUCCAAUGGCUGGCCCUUCUCUACUUGGAAGUCCAGCUGACAUACAGACUUUAAAAACUUGUCCCAAACUAAACUUGGCGUUUUCCCCCUUCAACCUCCAAACCCAGUUGAUGCAGUCCCGUCCUUCCAGGUACUCAGGACAGAAAUCUUGGGGUUGUCGUUCACUCCUCCCUGUUCUUUCACCCACGUACUGUCAAUCAGCAAAUCUCACAGGCCUGCCUUCAAAACACAUCCAGAAUCCAGCCGUGUCUCACCACCUCCCUUGCUACUGCUCUGGCCUAAGCCAUCACCUGUCCUUACCUGAUGUUUUGCAGUGGGCUCCUCACUGGGUCCCAUGCCUCUGCCCUUGACCCUGCGGUCAAGUUAAUACAGAAGUGAGAUCAUGUUGCUCCCCUGCUCAGACCCUCCCAUGGCUCCCAUCUCACGCAGUAAAAGCCUUUGUCAAGCCUACAAGGCCCCACCUGAUCCAGCUCCCCCCGCCACCGCUCUCAAAUCCCACCAAUCCCACUUACUCUGCUUCAGCCACCCUGGCCCCCUUGCUGUCCCUCAAUCAUAGCAAAUACAUCCCCACUUGGGGAAUGUACUUGCUGUCCCCUCUGUCUGCAUUGAGUUCCCCCAGAUGCCUUUGUGGCAUCUCCUUCAAGUCUCUGUUCAAAUGUCAACUCUACAGACAGGCCCUCGCUGACCACCCAAACUAAAAUAGCUCCUGCCACCCUCUGGCCCUUCACCACCUGGCUUUACUUUUCUUCAUAAGGUUUACCAUUACCUGACAUAUGUUAGUGUUUGUUUAUAUCCACUGGGCUUCUUAGACGCCCCUCACUAGAGUGUUGGCUUCAAGUGGAUCUAGAACUCAGCAUCUAGAAACGCACAUAGUGCUUAAAAGGUGUUAGUUGUACUGUUCCACCAUUACCACCGUUUCGUGGGGGGUCUCCCUGUGAUAUAGGGCAGGGUUGUUGAGCUGGGAGGGUGUUGGGGUCUAGAUGGGAUCAUAAACUGGGCAGAUUGUGGUGGCCACAGGCAGAAGAUCUCAGCUCUAGUUCGUGCUGGGGGAGCUUAUAGGAAAUGCAGAUUCCUGGGCCCACCUCCAGGAAUUCUGCUUCUGUAGGUUUGGGACCAGGCCCAGGAUGAUGCAUUGUCAUCAGGCUCCUGUGUUGAUGCUGAAGGUCUGCAGCCCUCACUUUGAAAAACAGCGACACUGGCCAUGGACCAGCCAGCUGGCCUGCAGGUGGACUACGUCUUCCGGGGUGUGGAGCAUGCCGUGCGGGUGAUGGUGUCUGGGCAGGUGCUAGAGCUGGAGGUGGAGGACCGGAUGACGGCCGACCAGUGGCGGGCCGAAUUCGAUGCCAGCUUCAUCGAAGAUUUGACUCACAAGACAGGGAACUUCAAACAGUUCAACAUCUUCUGUAACAUGCUGGAGUCGGCCCUCACCCAGAGCAGUGAGUCGGUUACCCUUGACCUGCUGACCUACACAGAUCUGGAGUCCCUGCGGAACCGAAAGAUGGGGGGCCGCCCAGGCCCCUUGGCCUCGAGAUCGGCCCAGCUCAACUCCAAGCGCUACCUGAUCCUCAUCUACUCUGUGGAGUUUGACAGGAUUCACUACCCGCUGCCCCUCCCGUACCAGGGCAAACCAGACCCUGUGGUCCUGCGGGGCAUCAUUCGCUCACUAAAGGAGGAGCUGAGCCGCCUUCGAGGGCUGGAUGGCCAGGACACUCGGGACAGCCGGGAAACUGAGAUCUGGCAUCUGCGGGAGCAGGUGUCGCGCUUGUCGGCUGAGAAGCGCGAGCUGGAGGCCCAGCUGGGCAGAUCGCGCGAGGAGGCGCUGGCCGGGCGGGCGGCGCGCCAGGAGGUCGAGGCGCUGCGCGGGCUCGUGCGCGGCCUGGAGCUGGAGCUGCGGCAGGAGCGCGGCCUCGGGCACCGCGGGUCCGGCCGCCGAAGCCAGGAUUGCCGCCGCCUGGCCAAGGAGCUAGAGGAGGUGAAGGCGUCGGAGCGGAGCCUGCGUGCCCGGCUGAAGACGCUGAACACCGAGCUGGCCAUGUACAAGAGGGGGAGACGGACUACACCGGUGGUGCCGCCCUCGGCCCGGGAAGAUCGGGCUUCGACGUCUCGGGAGCGCUCCACGUCGCGUGGCCGUGGCGCUGCCCGCUCCUCAUCCCGGGAGAGCGACCGCGGGGGCCGGGGUCAAGGCCGCCCUGGCCGCCCCUCGCCCUCGCCCACAGGUGGUCGCGUGCCCCGUUUCGACCCAACAGCCUUUGUGAAAGCCAAGGAGAAGAAGCAGAGAGCGAUCAAGAUGAAGCAGCAGCAGCAGCGAAACCGAUUGGGCAGCGGAGGAAGCGGGGACCGUCCAUCCACCUCCUGGUCUCGCCAAACUCGGCCCCCCGCAGCCGUGACCGGUCGAGGAGACGCGGCUAACCGCUCCCGAAACCGCAGCUCCUCGGUGGACAGUUUCCGCAGCCGCUACUCGUCCGCCAGCUCCUGCAGCGAGUUCGAGGAUUUCUCUGAAUCCCUCCCUAGAGGCGUUCGUCGCCGGGGGAAGCCGCCCAGCCCCACCACUUGGAGGGGGUCCAAUACGCAGCAGAAGCCUAGCCCCCUGGAACGCGGCCGCCAUCAGAGACGCCUGGCGGACUCGGGGGGCUGGGUCCCCAUCAAAGAGUACAGCUCGGACCACCAGGCAGCUGACAUGGCCGAAAUCGACGCCCGCCUGAAGGCCUUGCAGGAAUACAUGAACAGACUGGACGUGCACUCGUGACCUCAGAGAGAGACUACUGCCCCUCCAAUGGAUUCGGAUGGAUUCGGCGUGAGGGGCGGGGCUGGUGUGUCCUGGCCCCGCCCAGGCCCCCGCUCCUCCUGGUGCUGUUGGGGUCUCAGGUGUGUGAGGCCCCAAUCCCUACGUCUCCCGCAGGCAUUGCAUUCUGGGAGGGAGGGUAAGUGUGUUUUGUAAAUAAACAUAUGUGCCCUUGGGA